GCCCACCCGAGCGGCCCAGCCAGGCCAGCUCGUUUUCCCCCGGUCGCCUUCCCUGUUUGUGCGCCCGCGGGCGUGGUUGCCGCCCGACCGGCUCGCCGCCCCAUGCCGCAGCAGCGCUGGGAUAAGGACGAGCCUCCCCCUACCUCCUCGGUCCUCACCCCCGCUCACUUCCCUCGCCCUCUCCGCCUCUCCCUCUUCCCACCAGAUCUCCUUCCCUCCACCUCGCCGACGCACUGUCGUCGCCGUCACCGGACCACCACCGCAGCCCCCGCCGUCCCCAGGAGCCCCCGACGUGCCUUUCCGCUUCUUCGGCGUCUGCUACAUCUUCCCCGUCCACGACCUCAAGCUGGGAGGAGCCGGAGCGCCCGCUACCUCCCCGUCUUCGACCUCCGUCCGCCUCGGGUCGCCGCCGUCUCCAUCGUCUCCGGCCACCGCGCGUCUUCCCCGGGCCUUCCCUGCAACGGCAAUGGUGGAGCCCAGGAGCCAGACGACACCACCGACGACUACUACUACCUCGAGGGUGCCUACUACUACGUGGAGACCGUUGACGACUAGGAGUAGUUAGGAGGCUCCCAGG